AUGCUACGUAGCGGUCAGAACUUGAAUCUAAGCGUGGUAGCCAAGGCGUGGCGAUCUCAAAAAGUAAAAAUCCAACCAAAUGGUUCCUCGGUGAUGGAGAAAAUGUCUGCUGCUCGUGAGAAAAGAGUUGAUGAUUCCAAUCUGGAUUACUCUGAUGAAGGUGUUGCGACUGAUUCUGAGAAAGAAACCUGGAACGAGGUGUUGGGUGGUGACGUCAUCGUUGAGGUCAUCGUUGCUAUUAUCGAUACUUCUGAAGGCCUCAUCGUCGUGAUCGUCAUCAUUGUGCUGCCCAUGUCCUCUUUCAUGCACAUGACAACUGGUUACCUGCUCAUUGGAGAUGGAGGUGAAACGUUUAGCUGUCUUUGCAGCUUCUCAUUCUGCCGCUGA